AUGGCGCCGAUAACCUUUGGGCCCGCACAUAGGCAGUGGAAGUACCAGCCAGAGAGUAAGACGUAUGAUGUCUCAGGUUCGGAGACCGGUGAGAAAUUGAAGAUUGAGACGAGUGCGGGUGUGCAGGGGACGAGUGUGGUUCUUGAUCCGGGAAAGACUGCGUUCGUUAUUGUGGAUAUGCAGAAUUACUUUUUGGAUGGGAGGUGUAUGGAUCAUCCUAAUGGGAUCGCGGCGAUUGAACCGACGAUUAAGGUGUUGGAUGGGUGUAGAAAGACGGGUGUACAGGUAUGUAACCUCUCUCUUAAAUCCUUUAUUCAUCAAUUCUCUUGUCUGCAUGAAUCAGAGUUGAGAAGUGGCAGGAGUGAGAUACUUAGGAGGCAAGUCACUGAUGCACACCUGUCAGGUAGUCUGGCUCAACUGGGGCCUCACCGACCUAGAUCUCGAAUCCAUGCCUGCAGGUAUCCAACGCGGCUUCAUGAAAGAUACACUGCUGGCCUCCACCUCCCAGAUCCGUCCUUGGGUCGGUCUCGGUUCCGAGCUGCCAGAUGACCAAGGACGAGUCCUUUUCAAGGGAUCUUGGAAUGCGGAUAUCUAUCCCAGACUCAAGGUUCAUAUCCAAGAAGAGGAUGUGCAUUGUGCUAAGAAUCGCAUGAGUGGGUUGUGGAGAGAGUAACAGGAGCUGUUCAGCUAUUUGAAGGACGCGGGAAAGGAGACGAUUUUGUUUGCGGGGGUUAAUACGGAUCAGUGUGUGCUGGGGGCUUUGACGGAUGCGUAUAAUAAUGGAUGGAAUUGUGUGUUGAUUAAUGAUUGUUGUGGAACUACCACGAAGGGGGCGAGGGAAGUGGUGGUUGGGAAUGUUGGAGUGAGUACUGUACCGAAUUGUGUGCUUUGGAGGGGAUUGAUUACUGACCGGUGUCUUGAUAUAGGAUCAUUACGGGUUUGUUAUCGAUAGCAAGGGCUUCGCGGCUGCGGGUUCUGGAAAAGCGGGAUGAUGAUAAUGAUGUGAUGUGAUGGGUGGGAAAUUGUACGAGUACUGGUAUUCUUGAUUGUCGUGUCGCAGUGAGUAAUCUGGUUGCUUUUGUGGGGAUGGUGUUGUGCAUUGCCGAUGGUCUUAUGCUUACCAGUGUAUAUCCGAUAAAUGCAU